AGGGGAGGAGUGGGAGUGAAAAAAACAGAAGCGCCGCUGUAACUCUGUUCGGUACACAAUGUUCUUUCACCGACCUGCUAAAAAAAAAACCACACUGUCGCAUCGCGGUCAGACGCCCGCGCGCGCCCGAGCGCGCACGCAACGAUCGCGCUAUAGGAUACUGUUUUUACGUCCUUUGUGUGUUGUGUCCCUCGAUCUUUAAAGUAUUUUAUUGGUAACUAAAAUGUUUAGAUAAGAUAGGGUUGUUCCUUGUGAGCCAUAAGUUCAGAGUCCUUAGAUAUCACCAAAACCCACACGUAAACGAAUGUAAGGCGCAUUAUUGCCCGAUUCUAUGUUGCUCGAUGUAGCCUAUGAAUAACUGGUUGGUUGAAUAACGCCGUGUGUUUCUGCAAAUGCGGGUUUAUGUUUCCUGUAAAUAUUAUGGUUUGCUCGUUUUAAGUCUGGAACAAGGUCGUCCCCAGUGCUCAAAGACAAGGGUUCUGGAUAUUGGUUAUUGGUUAUGCUUGUAAUGUUGCCCUUUACUGGAGUGAACAUCAUUUCCCGAAAUGAUUCUGCCAAAUGUAUUAUAUUACACUUAAAAAGUCGCUCCAGUGUGCAUGUCUGUCCGUUAUUCCAUGUGCCGUCGCCAUGGCACACACGUGAAAGAAACGCAACCCCCUGCAGCCUUGCUCGCAGCUCGCACGUGAGGGUGCAGCGGUUUCACGUGUUUUGCCACACGAGAGCUUAUUUAGGCAGCAGAACUUGGACACUGUGUUUUCAAUGUAAAGGGACGGACAUAUAUUGCUGCGUGCCCGUGCAUAUUCGCGUCAAAGGGAAGCUUGGCUUGAGUGUGCGCGUGUUGGUAUUCGGCGACAUUUAACAAAACGAAACAUUUUAUGGCUGUUGGAAACGCGCCGAUGUGUGUUGGUUAUCUUGUUAUUUACAAUGCUGUAUUGUUGGGUAAUUCACCAAUUAACCCACUGUCAGCUUCUGAUACGACUUGUUUUUGUUGUAUCUAUAGACUUUCCGACUUUUGCUGAUUUUCAUGUGCAAAUCUUCUGACUCCCGCCCCUUCUAAUACUCUGUCGAGCUGAGUAUGUACACUAUGCAGCUCGUAUCCUACACACUGAGUCCGUCUGGUACAGUAUGUACCUUUUUGCUAUCACGUUUCUCUCCGAAUGUAGGCACGACAAUACGUAUGGAGGGGGAUCGGCGACUGCUUCGACCAAUAGGCGCGCAGGGCGUGGAAAAGAUGUUGCUUCGUCUUUGUGUUCUUGUAAUAUUCAUGUGCUAGGAGCGAACGCGACCUAUCCGAGUGGGUGCUGGUGAAUAUUACUGAGAGGCGGGGAAUCAGGUCAAUUGCAGGAGUGGCAGUGCGGUGGUGGUGGUGUUGUUGUUUAGUCUAAUCUUUGCUUUAGAAAACUGGUUUUCCGACCGCGGAGGUUGGCUAAAUAGAACUUUAGCAAAGCGGAGCGUUUCACACCUUUGUCUAGCAUCCGUUCACAUAUACGCGUGCAGUACAGAGUGAUCAUGCCCGUAGAGUCGACACCUACCAUCACAGUGGCGCCGGAGCCAAGCUCCAGACCACAGAGUUCGUUCCCUUUUGUUUUGAAGAAGAUCAUGGAUAUUCCCCCACCAAAUAUUCUGGAGGAUUGCGAUGAUGAGAAGGAGAAGCUGUGCUCGGCCAGCGAUGGAGAGGGCGCUGUGGGGGCGGAGAGCGGAGGGCUCGGGGGCACGGGCGGGGUGUCGGCUUCCCUGACCCCUGCCAUUUGGGACAAGACCAUCCCGUACGACGGCGAGACCUUCCACCUGGAGUACAUGGACUUGGACGAGUUCCUGCUGGAGAAUGGCAUCCCGGCCUCCAUGGAGGAGGAGCUCCAGAAGAACCUGGGCAAGGAGAGCCCGGAGGAGGAGGAGAAGAUCCCCCCUGCCACGGCCUCCAGCCCCACCGCCGCGCCCACCCCCAGGGACGCCGCCCCCGUCUCCCUGCUCUCCUCCGUUGAGCUGGAUGAGGGAGAGGACGACCUCACCUCCUCCAAGGCCUCGAGUGCAUCCAUCACCAAAACCAUCGCAGAGGGGAGCACGGAGCGGGAGGGAGCCACGCCGCCACCCGCCAGCCCCGACGAGGUGGUGGUGGAGGUGAACUUCCAGCCCGACCCGGCCGACCUGGUGCUGUCCAGCGUGCCCGGCGGAGAGCUCUUCAACCCCCGCAAACACCGUUUCUCCGAGGAGGAGCUCAAACCGCAGCCCAUGAUCAAAAAGGCCAAGAAGGUCUUUGUGCCCAGUGAGCAGAAGGUAAAUGGGGAUGACCGGUACUGGGAGAGGAGGAAGAAGAACAACGUGGCGGCGAAGCGUUCGCGCGACGCGCGGCGCCUGAAGGAGAACCAGAUCACGGUGCGGGCGGCCUUCCUGGAGCGGGAGAACGCGGCGCUGCGGCAGGAGGUGGCGGAGCUCCGCAAGGACUGCGGCCGCUGCAAGAGCCUGGUGUCCCGCUACCAGGCCAAGUACGGGCCCCUGUAAGGGGGGGGGCCGGGGAGCCGCGCGCGGGGUCCACGCUCCCGCCAGCGAGACCCCGCCAUUCCUUUUUGAAACCGCCCCCACACUCAAACCGCAGCGUCGGGCUUCAGACCGACACACCCACAGGACACGUGCGGCCCAGACGCAUGCAGGGGGGAGCGCAGGGCGCCACGCACGCUCCACGCGCCCCGUCCGCGGGGCGCGCCCUCAUUAGCGUAGACAGCAUAGUACGAACUGGCCCGCGCUGGGCAUGCCAGGCAGGUUAUCACACCGAGCCGCCGGCCGGCGUCCGUAACAGAGGAGCGACAGCGCGUUCACUUAGACAGGCAAACCCGGUAAGGCAAUACUCCUUCAAAGCAUGAACACUUUAGAUGUUGAGACGUGAACCUCGUCGUUCCCCUUCCUGUCUUCCCCAUCAGCCACCCCCCACCCCCCCACCACCCCUUGCUGUGGUGAUUGGCCAUUUCUCUCGCCUGUCAAGAGCACCGCCUGUCCAGGUGGGCGGAGCAUGGACGGUAGAGAUUGACGGACAGGUUCAUUUAUUGGUUCAGAGCAGAAGACACGGCGAAAUGGCACGAGGUGAACGGGCGCGGGUGUGGGGAUUGUUAACCGAACGACGGAAAAACAGGAAGUUUGUAUCCCACUGCCACGUUUAAACGUCAGCGUUUCUCCUGUGAGCUUCCCUUGAUAUUUCUAUUGGUGAAUAUUCCUUCUGUAUUAGAGGGGGAGUUAAAUCUUUUCAUCUCACAGAAAUAUGUGAUCAUUUGAUUUGGUUUUAUUGUAUAUAGUCUUUUUAAUCUCUAAUGCACCAUAUUGUGUGUUCUUGUUUUUUUUUCUUGUAAAACCAGCACGUUGAGCGACAUGCUUAAAGGCAUAGCAGGGAGUUUACGGGCAAAGACGAGGGAAAGGCUUCUUUUACUGUGACACCUGGGGGUUGUAGUUUGAAAUAGCCUGGCCUACAUUGAAGUGACUCUUGUUCCAUUUAUAGAAAUGUUUUUGCAAUAAUUUAGCUUCCAGUCUCUCUCCUCAGUUUUUUAUAAAAUAAAUUGUUUUGGGUGAUUUUCGGAAGAGGAGAAGGGUGGUGUUUCUUAUACAGUGGAUCAAGUCGUGCACUGGGCCUUCAUCAGGGUUAUUACAGGUGUAUAUAGAUGACUUUUCUUGUGAAAAUAUGUAUGUGCAGGCAGGGGGGCAAAAGAUCAUUCAUUCUAUGUGACAUCAGCAGCAAUAUUCAGAGUGCUUUGGCUUGGACUAGACGGCAUCCUGAAAUGAUCAAUUUAUUGAGAUUAGAUUAGAUAGGCCGAUACCUGGAAAAAAAAAGGCCAUGUGGCCAUAAUUGUAUUGUAACCGGUGUCAUGUCUUUGAUUUCUCUCUCCCACUACACUGACAUUAUACACAUCUUUUAUUGAGUCAAAUAAUAAAAUAAUACAGGAGAGGUAGAGUCCCAAAUGCCCGAAUUCAUCCCAUUUAAGUGCUUUCUGCCCCCAAGCCACGCGUGCACUCAACAUUGUAAACAGGAAAAUAAUCUAUAGCAUCAGUAGUUUGGUUUAUUAAGAUGCUAGGCCCUCCGUAACAGCAUAAUUUAGGAAGUCCUUAUAUUUGAGCCUUCUCAAGUAGUUUCUACAGUUCUGCAGGCUCCAGACUCUUGUAAAUAGGUGUUUUGUCAUGUUGUUUGAAAUUGUGUCUUUUCUCAACAAGUGCGAGCAGUUAGUCACACAUGAGAAUUUUGAUCUUGACAUGUUACAAUUAUUUGUCUGUUGGAACAAAUGGCCACGGUUAGUGCAGUGGAUCUGGUUGGAAUAUGUAGUUGUGGAUCUCUUAUUUCUAACAAUAUUCACAGCAAAAAUUACAAGAAGGUGACCUGAUUAAGUGUUGGAUUCCAAGAAUUGGUGUGAAACGGGUUCUUAAAUCUUAAGACUGGAGCCGGGUUCUACCUGGUCUCACAUUUUUACCUCAUUGAACACUUUCAUUAAAUAUUUCUUUGAACUGUUAAAAAGGACUGUUGCCGUAAAGAAUUGAAGGAGAUUGUCAGAAUGCAAGCCCAGAAUGCACUGGGGCAAAGCCACGAAGACUCCUGGUUCUCCUGCUCCCACCAAACAGUUCACCCAACUCAAAUCCCAGCCCUUUCUCUUACACUGAUGGGCAAGUACAUGAGGGCAGAGUUUAUUGUUCUAGAUCAGGGAUCAGAAUCCUUUUUUUUUUUUGCUGGGUGAACUGGGCGUGUCUGAUAAAGGGCAAACCCUUGAGGUGUCUCCAGUGAUUGUGGUUCAGUCUUCUGUGGAGAUACCCGAGGAAGUGUCCCGAAAAACCAUUGUGCUUCCAGUCCAGAGCAGCAGUUCAUCUGGGAUAAUAUUCUGUGUUCAUCUCAUCAAAUUUAUCUGAGAAUGUAAUGUAAUGUGAAUGAGAAUGUAAUCACCUCAAGAAGGAAACAUGCAAAUGGAACUGAACUUGUGCUCUGGAAACUUGUAACUCGACUAAUGACGGUGGACAAAGGGUUCUACACCUCUACGCAUGAGAAGCGUGUACCACAAAUCUCGCCACUUCUCGAGGAAUUGUGUUAAUAAUUGUGAUAAUAGUCAUGGUUGGUCUCAAGUGCAGAGGCAAGCUUACAGCAUAUUAAAACAUGUUUAUACAUGCUAACAUUGUACAUGUUCAUACAAGUCCUCUUGUGGUAGCUCAUAUGUUCUCGGAAUUCUUUCAGAAUUCUUAGGGGGAAGGAAGGGGGUUGGGUUGAUGUUUUGACCUCAUUUACAAUCUGCAAAGGGCUUUCUUAUUUUAUGUCAAUUGAUUUCCUGUUGGAAGUCGAUAGAAAUUUAACCGUUUUACAGAGAAUUCCUCUGGUCUUUUUCAAUAACGAUUUUUGUGGCGUGGUUUUAGACCUCUAACGACCACGUGGUGAAAGCAACACAACGCAACACAACUUAAUCCAAGGCAACACAUCGACACAACUCAUUACAAGGAUGGAGGGGUGGUGUGAGGCUACAUUUUGCGAGACUAUUGCCAAUUGCUGGACAUUUGAAUCUCUUGCCAUUGUAGAUAUUUGCGUAAUCAGAAUUUCAGGUGGUUUUACAGAGGUGGUGGUGAAUGCUAAAUCCAGGUUUACAUUGUACACACGGGUUGGUUAGAUAUGCCAGAGAAUGCACUGUGUUGUAGUUAUUGUCAAAGAUCAACUAAUGGGCGAUAUCAACUCAUGAGACGCAGGUUUUUGCCUCUAUUUUGCAGGUUCCUAUAUGUAGCAGUCAAAUGUUAUGGCAAUUUCAGAAUAAAGUUUUUUCUUCUACCUUUUAUAUAAAAGUAUACUAAAUUGUGUGUUUCACUGGUGUUUGACUGAUUUUUGACUAUUUUUGAAAGAUAUGAUUUUCUUGGAGAGGGUGAGAUUUUCUAUAAAUAUAUUAUUUUACAUUUCUUCUCUGUGCAUUCUGUAUUUGAUAGUGUGACCACAGUAUGUCAUUACUGUUCUGUAUUGUCCAAAUUAAUAAUAAAAAGAGAUAAUGAAAUGUAGACCCUCUUAAA